GGACUGCGCUGCCUUCUCAGAAGCCAACGAGCCCCUCAUCAACUACCUGGAUAUGGAGUAUUUUGGGCAGAUCUCCAUCGGAACUCCCCCCCAGAACUUCACCGUGGUGUUCGACACGGGCUCCUCCAACCUCUGGGUACCUUCUGUGUACUGCGUCAGCAAAGCCUGUGCUGGACACGCCAAGUUCCAUCCAACACAGUCCAGCACCUACCAGGUGAUAGGGACCCCCUUCUCCAUCCAGUACGGGACCGGCAGCCUGACAGGGCUCAUCGGAUCCGACCAAGUAGCCGUCGAGGGUCUCACCGUGAGCAACCAGCAGUUUGCAGAGAGCAUCAGCGAGCCGGGAAAAGCCUUCCUGGACGCCGAGUUCGACGGGAUCCUGGGCCUGGCUUACCCCUCGCUGGCCGUGGACGGCAUCACUCCUGUCUUUGACAACAUGAUGGCACAAAAUCUGGUGGAGCUGCCCCUGUUCUCCGUCUACAUGAGCACGAACCCCGAAUCCCCCCUGGGAGGAGAGCUGCUUUUUGGGGGUUUUGACACGUCCCGCUUCACGGGGACCCUGAACUGGGUGCCAGUGACCCAACAAGGGUACUGGCAGAUCCAGCUGGACAACAUCCAGGUGGGUGGGGCAGUGACCUUCUGCGCCGAGGGCUGCCAGGCCAUCGUGGACACCGGGACAUCGCUCAUCGCAGGCCCCACCAAGGAGGUCAAACAACUGCAAAACUACAUCGGUGCUGUGUCUGUGGAUGGAGAGUUCGCCGUGGAGUGCAGCAACCUCAACGCGAUGCCCGACGUGACCUUCACCAUCAACGGGCUCCCCUACACGCUCAGCGCCCAGGCUUACACCCUCAUGGAGGAAGGUGAUGGUGUGACCUUCUGCCUCAGCGGCUUCCAGGGCAAUGACAUCCCCCCUCCGGCCGGACCCCUCUGGAUUUUGGGCGACGUUUUUAUCCGUCAGUUCUACUCCGUCUUUGACCGUGGGAAUAACAGGGUGGGGUUGGCCCCUGCUGUCCCUUAG